UGGACAUGUUUGUGGAAACCCUGUGGAAAGUUUGGGCGGAGCUCUUGGACGUCCUUGGACUUGACGAGGGCAGGAAUUUUGCUUCGCUCUGUGCUGUAUCUGCCAAGCCCGCACAGUGUCCGGUAUCCAGCAGGCGCUCGGUAAAUAAGGGCAGGAAGAAUAAAUCAAUCGUGAAUGAAUGAACACAUGAACGAGCCUGCGGCCUCUGGCUCUUGCCCUCCGGCGCUGCUUUAACCCCUUCGCUCUCCAGUUGCUCCACGUCGGCCGCUCCGCUCAGCCCCGUGUCCCGCGACCCGGCCUCCGCCGCCGCCCGCGGCCCGGUCCCCAUCCCCGCGCAGCCCCGGCCUUCUCGCCGGUCGUCCCCGUCGCAGCCAUGUCCAAGGAGCCGCGGGCUGGGCGGGAGGAGAUCCUGGAGUGCCAGGUGAUGUGGAAGCCUGACAGCAGGAAGAACACGCAGAUGGACCGCUUCCGGGAGGUCGUGGGCGCCGCCUACGGCCUGGCGCUGGAAAAUUAUGACGACUUAUAUCAUUGGUCAGUUGAGUCUUAUUCAGACUUCUGGGCAGAGUUCUGGAAAUUCAGUGGGAUUGUCUUCUCACGCAUGUAUGAUGAGGUCGUGGACACGUCCAAAGGGAUUGCGGACGUCCCUGAGUGGUUCAAAGGCAGUCGCCUCAACUACGCGGAAAACCUCCUGCAGCGCAGGGAGGAUGACGGAGUGGCCCUUACGUGGCACGUGAGGGAAGGCAGGGAGGAGAUCGUGAAGGUGAGUUUUGAAGAGCUGCGGCGACAGGUGGCUUUGUACGCCGCGGCGAUGAGGAAGAUGGGCGUGAGGAGAGGAGACCGGGUCAUCGGUUAUUUACCCAACAGUGCGCACGCCGUGGAGGCCAUGCUGGCGGCCACGAGCGUGGGCGCCAUCUGGAGCUCCACGUCCCCAGACUUCGGCGUGAACGGCGUUCUGGACCGGUUUUCUCAGAUUCAGCCAAAGCUCAUCUUCUCCGUGGAGGCCGUCGUGUACAAUGGCAAAGAGCACGUCCACCUGGACAAGCUGCGGCAGGUCGUUAAAGGACUAGCAGACCUGAAGAAAGUGGUGGUGAUUCCUUACGUUUCCUCCAGAGAGAAGAUAGACAUUUCCAAGAUUCCAAAUAGCGUGUUCCUGGAGGACUUCCUGGCCACUGGGCAGGGUGCACAAGCCCCCCAGCUGGAGUUCGAGCAGCUGCCCUUCAGCCACCCGCUCUUCAUCCUGUUUUCGUCCGGCAUGACCGGAGCGCCCAAGUGCAUGGUGCACUCGGCCGGGGGAACCCUCAUCCAGCACCUGAAGGAACACAUUCUUCACGGCAACAUGACCAGCGGUGACAUCAUCCUGUAUUACACCACGGUCGGCUGGAUGAUGUGGAACUGGGUGGUGUCUGCUCUCGCCACGGGGGCGGCCGUGGUCCUAUAGGACGGCUCCCCGCUGGUGCCCACCCCCAGUGUGCUCUGGGACCUGGUCGACAGGAUCGGCAUCACCAUCCUCGGAACGGGUGCGAAGUGGCUGUCAGUGCUGGAAGAGAAAGACGUGAAACCAGUGGAAACUCACAGUCUCCAGACGCUGCACACGAUCCUGUCCACCGGCUCCCCACUGAAAGCCCAGAGCUACGACUAUGUCUACAGGUGCAUCAAGAGCAGCGUCCUCCUGGGCUCCAUCUCAGGCGGCACCGACAUCAUGUCUUGCUUCGUGGGCCAGAAUCCUUCCAUUCCUGUGUACAAGGGGGAGAUUCAGGCCCGGAACCUGGGCAUGGCCGUGGAGGUGUGGAAUGAGGAAGGAAAGGCAGUCUUGGGGGAGAGCGGUGAACUGGUGUGUACCAAGCCGCUCCCCUGUCAGCCCACGCACUUUUGGAACGACGAGAACGGCAGCAAGUACCGGAAGGCGUAUUUCUCCAAAUUCCCAGGUGUCUGGGUGCACGGCGACUACUGCAGAAUCAACCCCAGGACCAGGGGCGUCGCCAUGCUGGGCCGAAGCGACAGCACACUCACCCCCAGCGGAGUGCGAUUCGGCGGCUCCGAAAUCUGUAACAUCGUGGAGGCCUUCAAGGAGGUGCUGGACAGCCUGUGUGUCCCCCAGUACAACAAGGACGGGGAGGAGAGGGUGGUCCUCUUCCUGAAGAUGGCUUCCGGCCACACCUUCCAGCCCGACCUGGUGAAGAGGAUCUGCAGCGCCAUCCGCCUGGGCCUGUCCGCCCGGCACGUGCCCAGCCUCAUCCUGGAGACCCAGGGCAUCCCGUACACCCUCAACGGCAAGAAAGUGGAAAUGGCCGUGAAGCAGAUCAUCGCGGGGAAAACCGUGGAGCACCGCAGAGCCUUCUCGAACCCCGAGACCCUGGAUUUGUACCGGGACGUCCCCGAGCUGCAGGACUUCUGAGCCAGGCCAGCUGGCACGUCCCUGAGCCACACACGUCUAUACUGUCACUUCUCUGCGUUCAAGAAGUUACUUAGAGGGGCUUCCCUGGUGGCGCAGUGGUUAGCAAUCCGCCUGCCGGUGCGGGGGACACGGGUUCGAGCCCCGGUCCGGGAGGAUCCCACAUGCCGCGGAGCAGCGAAGCCCGUGCGCCACAACUACUGAAGCCUGCGCUCUAGAGCCCGUGCUCUGCAACGAGAGAAGCCACCGCAAUGAGAAGCCCGCUCGCUGCAACUAGAGAAAGCCCGGGUGCAGCAACGAAGACCCAACG